GUGUAUAGCAAUCUAUAGAAGUAGAUGAAGGGAAAAUGGUUCCGCAUGUUGUUGCAUCUUGUGCUUGCAAAGGUAUUCGGCACUGUCUUCUGUGUGAGGAAUUGAAAGAAAGUCGCUUACAGGAAGAGAAGAUUGUGCAUCUUUUCUUCUAUGACCCUGAGAGAAAGUUAGCCGUUCGCAAUGAUGCAGAGCCUUCGUUUUUUCCCUUUCCUGGGGUGUUCCUAUGGGAGAACUUCCUGUCCGAGGAGGAGGAGACAGAGCUGAUAAGCAGCAUGGAUCAGGAUGUCUGGAAUCCGUCCCAGUCUGGUCGCAAGAAGCAGGACUUUGGCCCAAAAGUGAACUUCAAGAAGAAGAAGGUGCGCCUUGGCAGCUUUAGUGGACUUCCCGGUCUGAGCCAAAAACUAGUCCUCCGAAUGCAGCAAGAGACAAAUCUGGCAGACUUCCAACCUGUGGAACAAUGCAAUCUGGACUACCAUCCUCAGCGAGGCUCCGCCAUUGACCCCCACCUGGACGACUCCUGGCUGUGGGGGGAGCGCCUGGUCACCGUCAACAUGCUGUCCGACACCACGCUAACCAUGUCGCUGGAGCAGGGUCUCCCUCUGUUGGGACUGGUUGAGGAGGUGAACGUUGCCGUGCCGCUCCCACGCAGAUCUUUGGUAGCAUUGUACGGAGAGGCACGCCAUCGCUGGAAGCACGGAAUCCUCCGAAAGGACAUCCAGCAGCGCAGAGUUUGCAGCACCUACAGAGAGCUGUCUGCAGAGUUCCACGCCGGGGGGCAGCAGGCUGAGCAGGGGGCUCGGCUUCUUGACGUGGCUUUAAGCUUCAAGGGAACUCCAGUUUAGAUGCUGCAGAUAAGCCACAGACUUAACUGAUGCACACUCUUCUAACAUUUAAAUGAGCCCUCCAGGCACUGUGCGUCUAUUUGAUGUAAGACACGUGAAACACAAACAGCACCAAGUUCUUUUUUAAUUAGAGUCUAAUGCCUUCUUUUCCACACGUUGUACAUUUCUAUCAUUGAAUUAAUAAAGUGUUUUUAUUCAUUUACAACUAUCAUUGAACAUGUCAUUUACAUAUUUUGUUCAAGGAACAAGUAUAUUUGGUAGUUGGGUUCAUUAAAUGCAAAUAUGUUUCAUAACUUAUGUAACAGCAAACCUCUUUGUUGAAGCUUUUUUUGUGUGCAUUUAGAACAAUAAUGUAUCGUUUAAUUUACAGUACAUAUUUUGCAAAAGGAACCAGAGUGUGCUGCACUAAUACAAGCAUCCCAAUGACAUACAAUUAAAAAGUAACACACGCAUGUUAUGUAAACCAGCAGCGUCCAGACGUUUUUGAAAAAUGUGAGGAUGUAAGGAUAUUUUUUUAUAUCUUGUUUGUCUGUUUAAAAAGGUUUAAAAAUAUAAAACAUUUAAAGACCAAGCUUUGUGUUAUUAUUCAUUAUUUGUAUGAACAUUUCAGCUUUAUCCUGUGUGGGGUUUUUUUUACCUUUUUUGCCACGACUCUGAAGUGCACUUCCAAUUCGCCAGCCUCCAAUUUCAUUGAAGGUGGUAUUAACCUAAUAUGCAGUGUGACUGUUUGUCCACUGAUUGUCUGUUUUUUAUGAUGUGAAAACAGUUUAGGUAAGACAUUACCAGACACCCACUAUUGUUUUUGUGAAACAUUCUGUUUGUGAAAAUGCAAUAAAGGCACAUUUAUACGUUUUUUUUCUUUUUUUUUUUUUUUUACAUUAACCCAUGACCAUGCGCUGUUCGAAAACCACUGGACCUAGACUUCUCAUAUCUGGACUGGAUGUAUCUACAGACCUUGAAAGUUCAUAAACACACAGUUUCUGAUUUGUGAAAAAUUUAUUCUAUUUGUGAAAAUGCAACAAAGACACAUUUCUCUAUGUUUUGAGCCUCUAGCGGUUAGACGCUCAAAACAGAGAAAUGUAGAGUUUUAUAAGACAUCUUCGCCACCGCACUUCCGCGCUGUCAUUGCCCCCAGUGUUUUUUUUUUUUUUCAAUUUUGUAUAUUAAAUGGAAAGGU